AUGCUUCUGAGCUUCAUAGUGCACGUCUUGACAGGCGUUUUCGGCUACCUCGACCUCGGCAGCCGUGCAACCGUCUCCGCUCUGCUGCUGUACGACCCAGUGAAGGAGCCGGCGGCGAUGGUGGCGUACGUUGGCGUGCUGGUGGAGCUGUGCGCCUCCUGCCCGCUUUCUUGUUCUCAUCCCCCGCAACUCCCUCAACCACAGCUUCGGGUGGGACCCCGACAGGCUGCCGUUUUGGAGGCACUGCAUCUUCGUCGUUGGCCUCGCGGCUACCUCGCUGCUCUGCGGCCUCUUCACCCCAAAGGUCAACACGGUGUUUGGCCUCGUUGGUGCGCUGGACGGCGCUGUGCGUGGGAGGGCGGCCUUCUUGCUUUGCCCCUCCGGCAACGGGGCGGGAGACGGAAGCGGGGCGCAGGCGCCGUGGGCACGAGCAAAAGGGCACACGCGAGUGCGGAUGCCGCCCCCCACCUUGCCACUCUCAAACUUUGGGGCAGCAAUAGCAGCCGUCCUUCCUCCGGUUUUCUUUUUGAAUUAUCGAACCUUGUGCCGCGUGGGAAGCGCCCCUCCACCAGCGCUGUUGACAUGACUGGGCCUGCGAAGCGCGUAAACUAG